AUGUAUCAGCGUUCCCAUCAGUCUGAACAACAUACAAAGCUCGCUAGUCUAUCCCUAGCUAAGUUCUCGCAUACGACCACCUCAGCCAGUCAUCGGGGUCCCCUGCAUUGGAACCAUAUCAUCGGAAACGGCGAUAUCGUUGGGGUAUUUGAGAGGUUUACAGUCUCAGGCAAUGUCCUGCUCAAAGUGUUCCAGGAUGAUCAGAUAAUAGAGCAGAUUAGCAUAACGGAUCUUGCCCAAAUAGCAGCCUCUGAGGCCCAGUCCAGCAAUCCCGGCUCCUCGAAGCCGACAUUCGCCGUCGUCGUGAAGUUGCCCUGUCUUGCGAUAAAGUAUUCAACGGGAAAUACGCACAUUCGUCGAUUCCAAAUCAAAUUCAGCCUAGACCGCGACUACUACACAGUAUUGGCUAUAUUAAGUGACAUCAAAUGCCCCUUCUCCGAGCCCAAUAUCGACCCAAUGCCACUGACUCGGAGACCAUCAACUGCACAAUGGCAAAUGGCAUCCUCAUCGUCGGCCAUGGGAGGUAGAGUCGGUGGUAACUUAGCGCCCGAGCAAUACGCAUCACACGGUGCUUUUAUUCAGCCCCAUGAAUCAACACUCGGAGUAUCAGGAACAACUUCGAGCAUUACAGCCGCCCAAACCUCCCUGCCCUCCUCAUCAAGCACCAUGCCCAACGUCCCUGCAGAAUCGUGGCCAAACGACCGCAAUCGAAGCGGCCCACGAGACACAAACAUCUCUCAAGAUAUCGCGCCCAGAGAUCCCAUACCCGGACAAAGCAACAACGCACUUAUCCGGAGGCCCUCAACCGCGACAACAUGCUACGAUGCCAAAUCGCUCGAGACAAUCCUACCUCCCAAACGACAGCUCCCCUUCCUCAACCCCGGGCCACAAGAGGCCAAUAAAAGGCCGACGACAUCGUCGGGUCAUAUAUUCCGCAAACCAGAACAUACCAAUCUCUCGGGCUUGUCUAAACCUACUAAUACCUCUAUCACACCAUCAACCGGAUCGGGUUCUCUGCCCUUUCCUCCUCCGAACAACGAGAAGCAUCAUCAAUCUAUGAAUACAGAACCGGUUCAAAACAAGCCUUCACAGCAAGAAAGCCUUGACAUCCAGAAUCCACACCUCAGGUCCGAAAAUCUUUCAGCAUAUGUGUCAUCUUCCACUGAAGAGCGGACCAAAAGCCUUGCGAAUUGGAUCUGUCAGCAGAUCGAAGAUGAGAAAUUCGUCCAGCUGGUUCAAGAUAUGGAUGGCACAUGGGAGCGACUUGCGUUGGGAAAGUAAGAUCUCCUAAUUCCUGUAUCAUUUGAUUUGUGAACAAAUUGCGCUGUUUCCUUGUCAUUUCUUACGGAGAUAGUAAGUAGCAAUAUCAGAC